CUGAAACUUCUUCGCUGCGCAGAUCGCAACACAGAGAAACACUCCUCUACCACAUCUCACAGCCUUGAAACCACGAAACUCUACUACAUUAUUACAUUAAGGCACUACUCAAAAUGGUCAACCCUCAGAUCUCCAACCUGGCUAUCAUCUUGGUGAUGAUGCAGGUUUCUAAAAAGAUCGCCUUCGAAGACCCGAAUGUCCUUAAUAUCGUUCGUGGUGUAUACAUCUUAUCGAACAUCAUAAUUCUUGGGAUAUACGUCUACGUCCAGAUGCAAAUAAACAAAAAGAAGGACAUGACCGUACUUAAGUAUGUCGAGCCUGCGCCGAUGGGCUCUGGGGAAGAACCAAAAGCUGUAACGACUACUGUCCACGCCUACGAUCUCCAACAAGUUCGCGGCUUGUUUAAGGGUCAGCUCAUGGGCGUUGGUAUGAUGGCUGUCAUGCAUCUCUACUUCAAAUAUACGAACCCUCUCCUGAUCCAGUCGAUCAUUCCUCUGAAGGGUGCAUUCGAGGGCAACCUGGUCAAGAUCCACCUUCUCGGAAAGCCCGCUAGCGGUGACUUGAAGCGCCCUUUCAAGGCUGCGGGUGGCUUCAUGGCAAACCUCCAGGGUGGCGAAGUGGCGACAGACAAGAAGAGUAUUGAGGCUGCAGAGCGCUCUGGACGUGGUGGCGCGAAGGAAGAAUGAACUACAGACAAGUUUGCGAAUUGGAAGAUGGCGAAGAUGUAGGGUGAUUAGGGUAAUUGGAGCAUUUGCCGU